UGUUGUAAUGUCAGUCUGCAAAUUUGACGCAUUUUUCAAUAUGGCGGUGUUGAAACAAAAGUGAACUUUGUCGGGAAAGAAGCGCGGCAUAAAUUUUCCUUUACUUUCUACGAAAAGUGCUUCAAAUAUUGUGUUUUUGCUUCGUUGCAGGUGCAAAAGUGAAGUUUUGCACAAGAAACUUUAACAAAACUGUUUGUUAAGCCGUAUUGAUAUCGUCCGCUUCGAGUGUUCUUACUGCGUUUGUUUGUAAACGCGUCUGUUUUUGAUGUACAUUCGCUACAAAAACGCAAAAUUCAACAUGUACAACAAUUCUAACGGCAGCGUCGAGAAUUCAGACUCGACCGCCAACGCUAAUAAAGAAGAUAGCGCUCACGCCGAAAGUGAAAGAGAGGUGAUAAAGGUGGAUAAAUUGCAUGAUGCUGAAGGCAAGGAAGAUUUCAGUGAAGAAGUGGAGCAUGAAGAGGAAGAAGAAACGUUAGACCAAUCUCAAGGUGACGCGGUGGAGACUGAGGAAAUUAUUACAGAAACGUUGGAAAAGGGCGCCGAAGAUGCAGAGCAUUUGGAAGAAGCUGAAGGUGACCAAGUGGAAGAAGAUAAUGUGGAACAACUGGAAGAAGUUGACGAUGCAACCGGUGCAAAACCGUCAAAUGUUAAACAGACGCAUCAAGAACUGUCCGAUGCGGAGGAUGAUAAGAAGAUCACUAUCGAGAUUUUAAAAAGCGAGCCUAAAGAAAAGUUGGACACCACGGCAAACGUUUCCCGUGAAGAAAAAUCCACCGUCGUCCUGGAUAUGUGCCGGGUGUGUAUGGGUACCGAAGAGCUGUCAGAUAUUUUCCAAUUCGAUGGGCCUGUCCGUGUGAGCGAUAUCAUAAUGAAGGUUUGCACUAACAUUCGUAUCACGGCCCGAGAUCAUCUGCCGCACAAAAUAUGUGAACAUUGUCUGGGACAGGUGCGUAUCGUGAACGAAUUCAAGAAUCGAUGUGAAGCGUCAGAUAAAGAAUUGAGGAAGAAUUUGAAGAGAAGUACUAACAAAAGUCGCCGACAAAGCGAAGUAAUUGUGGUUAAUUGCCCAAUGUCCGACUCGGAUAAAGACGACGAAGAACCAGUCGAUGAUGACGAAUAUAAGGUGUCACAAUCGGAGGUAGAAUCGGAACCGGCCACAUCGGAUGACAGCUUUUCGCCACCCAACAAACGGAAACGCACUCCGAAACGAAGGGUCGGUCGUCCUCCCGGCAGAGGUAGACCGGGACGCAAGCCCAAGAACAUGGUCGUUAGUACGCCAAAGUUUGGAGUGAAACGUGGUCCGGGUAGGCCUCCUAAGUAUCCAAAAACAUCUAGCCUGACAAACAUUGUGUACAUAGAAGCACCGGAAGACAGCUCCAGUUCAGGCGAGGAAGCAGAAGUGACACCUAAACGACGAAAGCGGGGAGACAAUCCGUGCCCCAAAUGUGACGAGGUACUUCCCAGUCAGCUUGCUCUCAAACAGCACUUGAAAACACAUCCCGGCGAUCGGUUCGAUUGCGACCGAUGUGCUCUUUUCUUCAGAACGGAAAAGGCGCUAUCGAAUCACAUUGAGCGCCACAAAAAAGCGGAUAAAAUUCGGGAAGAAAAGCGAAAGGAGCGUGAACAACGCAUCGAGCAGCGAUCUAGAUACACGCCAAAAUCUUCGGAUGCUGAGAAAUCCAAAUUGAUCAGCCCACAAGGUUCGGCAACUGCGGAAAAGAAGAAAAAAUCCGAGCCGUCGGCUGCCAGUAGCGGCAGAGAUCUGUUCAAGUGCGUAGCACCUUUGACGUCCACCUAUUGGAGUGAUAGUUUCUCCGAUUAAUUACCCGUUUCGUUGUGCGAAUAAAUCAUCGAUUUUGACAGCGAUUGGCCAGCGAAUGAGGAUCAGAACGUAAUUUUAGUAUAUUGUGGAAAUAUAUAAGGAUUUUAGUCGUUAUUCUUUAGUCUAUUGUUCGUGCGAUAUCUUUCAUUGAAUGGUGCAAGAUAAUACAGAGCAAACUGUAUUAUGCACUAUUUGCUGCAAUAUUUGAUCAUAAAUUAGCUAUACAUUCGUUUAGCAACACUGUUAAAAAUUAAAGUUUUUACACUAAAAAAAUCAGUUUUUUAAACAUAACAGUUUUUCUGUCUGAUACAUUUCAUUCUAAUAAAGAAACCAAUCAAACUAUACAUUAUAAAACGAGAGAAAAUAAUGAGUCAAUCACAUUAAAAAAAGAGAUUUAUUGGGUUUUUUCAUGUUUGAGUUUUAAUCCUGAUUAAAAAAAAGUUGUAUAAAACUAGACGGUUUUAGGGAUGUAACACUAAGAGGAAGGAUUUUUAAUAGUAAAGUAAGUAAAACUUUCAAAAAGAAAGUUUGAUCCUAAGGCAGAUAAGAAUAAUAACUUCGAGAAUGCUGCAGAAAAUAUAGCAUAAAGUAAGAACAAUUGUAUUUUAUAUUCUUUUUGACGUUAGUACUUUUGAUACAUAAUAAAACUGAUUUUAAUAAUAGGAUAAGGAUUCAAAAGAGACACAUAUAAAAAGCUCUAAUUUUGUUAACCGUCUAUUUUUUAAUGCAGGCUGCGUUUGUUCACAAAAUUUUCAAUUCAAAUGCACGAUUUGUGAUCAGAGAAAUGCAAAUUGUUGUGAAGUGUCAUACUACUAUUACAUUUGAAAAAGAAAUAUAUGAUACCACAAUAAAUCAAAAGUAAGAACCUAUUUUGAUUUAACACAAAAAUACAGCAAAUGGCAUCGAACAAAUAAGUAAGCUUAUAUUGAUGAAAAUGGUUUAAAAAAAUUCAUGUUUGAUUUGCUAUGUGUAAUAAAAUGCUUACAAGUCAUUA